GGAAAAGUGUAGUAAUUAAAUUUGAGUGGUACUAAAUCUAAAAGUAGUGGGUGCCGGAUACUUUGAUCGUCGGAUUCGUAUUCUAUUAUUCCACGCUCACUUCUGCUAAUCAGGAUUCUUGAUCGUUGGAUUCCUACUCUACACACCGUGAGUUAAUCCUCAAUUCUUUUGUUCUGGGGUUUUAAUAUUGCACUUUUUUUUGUAUUUUGAACUUUAAUUAGAUUGGCAAUUAUUGGGGUCCAAUGAAAUUAAACUAUGAAUUGAUUAUAUAUAUAGCGACGAGGGGAAGAUUGCUUUAUUUGUUAUGCAGAAAUCUAGCAAGGAAGAGAUUGCUUUAAAAAUGGUAAUCCAGCAGAGUGUUAAAAGAGAGGAGGAGGAGGAGGAAGAAAAUGUGAAUUCUUCCCAGAUUCAUACGGAUAGAUGGAUAAAGCAUUACAGUAGCUGCCACCGGAUUCUGCUGGUUGGGGAGGGAGAUUUCUCCUUUUCCACUUGUUUGGCAUCAGCUUUUGGUUGGGCUUCCAACAUGGUCGCCACAUCUCUCGAUUCUCAAGGUUUUGUGGUGAAAAAUUAUGAGAGUGGUCUAUCCAAUCUAGUGGAAUUGGAAAUUAGAAAGUGCAUUGUGUUGCACGGGAUUGAUGCAACCAAAAUGGCUUCUCACACUCUCCUUGCUGGAAUCAAAUUCGACCGCAUAGUAUUCAACUUUCCAUUUGCUGGAUUUUUCAAGGAAUUGCCUCGCGAUACGCUGCUCAGGCUUCACAGGACAUUGGUGAGCAGGUUUAUGGAGAAUGCCAAGGAAAUGUUGAGCCAAAAUGGGGAGAUUCACAUAACUCACAAGACUAACGGAUUCCACAGGGAGUGGAUGUUGGAGGGCCUGGCUUUGCUCCACGAUCUCAGGCUUGUGGAAACCGUGGAUUUCGACCAGGAGGAGUGGCCAGGGUAUAACACCAAGCGCGGAUUUGGGGGCGACUGCAACUUCAAUUGCAACCCUAGUAUCACCUACAAAUUCCGGAAAAUUACCUUCCGCUGAUCAUUUCUGUCUCAUUUCAUGUUCUUUUUUAACUUGUCUCAAUUAAAGUGAUGCAUUUCAUUUUUAUGUACAAACUACUCUAAAACUUUUUUUUAAAAAUUAAUUUAAACACAAAACAAUACUGUGUCUAAAAA